UUAUUUGUUUUUUAUUGAAAAAUGGACGGAGAGCCAGAGAAUGAAGAGAAUGAGGUGAAGAAUGACACAGACAGGGUGGUGUUAGCAGAAACCUCCAAUGAGGAGGAACUAACUACUGUUAAUAGUCAAGAAGGUGUCCCAGCUGAAAUGGCUGCAUCAGGUGAUGAUGAAGAACACUGUGAAAGUUUGAGGGCCCCUGAAGAGGCCCCUGUUGAAGAAGCAGCCCCCUCUGAGCCAGAACAGAACAGUCUGGAUGAGCUCCCUGCUGUCACCACAAGUGAAGACGUGGAUGUGACCAUGAAUGAAGUCAAUGGACAGACAAUGUCCUAUCAGGAGAGUGUUGUUUUUGAGGUUAACAGCAACGAGGACAACGGUUCUCCCAGACUGCACCUCGAGAGCCCGGAGAGGGAGAACAUCAGUCCUACACAGGAGGAGGAAGACAAGGCUGAAGAAGAGGAACCCACGGCUCCUGCUGCCCCUGCAGACGAGGAAGACAUCAACUAUGAAGAAUACAUGGAGCUCCUGCAGGAGCUGUGUGAGGAGAGAGAUAAAGCCAGCCUACACAGCAGCCAGCUGCAGAUGAAGCUGGCUGAGUACUUCCGCAAGAAAGCCGGGGACGAUGUGGAGCUGGAGAGGGAGCUGCCGGGGUCAGAGCAGCUGCAGGAGUAUGAGAGGCACAUCAGCCUCCUGACUGACCUGAAGCAGCAGCUCACCGCUGACUCAGAGACAGCUCAGCAGCAGGCAGAGGAGCUGAGCUUACAGUCCCAAGAGAAGCUGGACAAGGUGGAAAAUGAAUGGCGAGCGUUCAUGGCACUGAAGCAGGACGUAGCCGUGACAGCUCUAAGCCGACGCCUGGGUAAACAAGCCGCUCAGGCCAAAGUAGAGUCAAUCCUGGCAGCAGAGCAGCUUCGCCAGGACGAGCUGAUCAAGCUGCGCCUCAAGCACAUCAAGCUGAGGAGCAAGAUUCACAGGCUGGAGGCAGAGCUCCGUGACGGGGAAGAACACGACAGGGACCCCCUACAGCUCCAGUUUGAGCACCUGCAGGCUGAGAGGCUGGAGCUUAAAAAACAGGCUGAAAAGCAAAAUGAGGAGUCGCUAAAGAUGCAGAAAAAGAUCAGCAGCAGCUUGGAGCUCCUGUCAAACAUUAAGGAGAAGCUGUUCUGGAGCCAGAUGGAGGUCCAGGCCAAGCGAGAGCAGCUCGCCGAGGUGGAGGCCACCGUGGCCAAGAAGAGGGACCUCCUGAGCAGGACAAAGCAGGCACGCAACAGCCUGCAGAGAGACAACCUGAGGCUGAAGGAGUGUCGUGGACUGCUGGGGAACAGGGUCCUGCUGCGGGACUUUGAGGACACUGUGGACGCCUCCAACCAACUGGAGGAACAACUGGAGAAUCUGAAGGGCCGGCAAGCGGAGAUUGUCUUCAGCUGUGGCAGAUGGAAGAAGAAUAGGGAGACAAAUGAAUGAAUGAAUAAAUGACUCAUUGCGCAGUAUCAGCCAAAACAUCUACAUUGGACAAUACAUUGAUUAACAGGGAGUUUAGAUUAAUAUUACAUUACAUAUUUACAUUUAAAUUACACUUUAAAAAAUAUGUUUAUUAGUUUUUAGGCUAAGUCUGAUAAAAAGAUUGAUAACGCUGAAUGUUUGUGGGUUAAGAUGAAGCAAUUCGCUUAGCUUAACAUAACAGACUGGAAGCAGGGGGGAACAGCUAGCCUACUUAUAAUUACUAAGCUUCAGAGGUGCUGGUUGGCAUGUUUAUGGACAAUGGACAAUAAAAUGGUUAACAGAGGGAGUUCAGAUAAACACAUAUUAAAGGAACGGUUUGACAUUUGUUCACUUUCUGGCUGAGAGUUGGAUGAGAAGUUUGUGUUCUACGUAUGGAGCUGGAGCACAGGCAAUUAGCUUAGCUUAGCAUAAACUAUGUUGAUCCAAAAAUAACACUAAUUAGCAUAUUGUAUGUUGCUAUAAGAAGAAGAUAUACUUUAUAUCUGGUAUAUUUCAAGGCUUAGUGUGGUUUAGAGUCUAUUUUUGAACCUCUUAUAAUAAAAUAGUUAUCACAGAGUUUAGAUAAACACAAAUAGUUUAGAGGGAAUGAUUAGCAUAGCUAGGCAGACAGAUGGCCUAGCUUUAUCUAAAGUUAAAAGCUCACAAACACAAAUGUAAAAACGGAAAUGGUCUCCCAGUUUUAUCGGGAGUUCAUUUCCUGGCAAACAGCUGGCGACACAGUGACUUCCUGGAGUGUUGUAGUUACAAUGACGUUGUAUACGGAGUUAUAAAAAAAAAAUAUAUAUACUUAUUUUAAACAUUGCAAUCUUGUUUUUUUAGCCCCUGCUUCCAGUCUGUAUGAUAAGCUAAGCUAACCACCAUUUGGCACAGACAUGGACAUUAGUGCCAAUUCAAAAUCAAUACUAAUAAAGGCUGCUAAACACAGUUUCAUUAGUUUUAUCAGACCAGACAUACAUACAAGUAGAAAGUCUGGUUUACCAUCUCAUUCUAUUUUCACUUGCAGUCAGUAGAUGGCACUAUUGUUAUAGUGUAUAUGCAGACAUCUGUUUGGGACAUUCACAAUUAUUUGAAGACAUGAAUAAUUCUUGGCCUUCUGGUUCUCUGUAGAACCCAAAUCAUUUGUCAGUUUCUUUUGAGAGCUGAUAUACAUCAAGCUUGGCUCAUUGUUUCAAUCUUCUCCUAAACAGUGAGGAUGGGAAGGAAAAUGGGACCUGAGACCAGUUCUACAGCCGCUACUCUAUGUGAACUCUGUAAGUACAUGCUCUGAUGCUGGCACUUAAAGGGACAGAAACAUACAUGCAAAAGCAUUCAGGGCCCAGUAUUUCAAUAUUUAAUCGAGAUAAGAAGUCUCUGGGUAGGCUUAAAUCUCAAAAGUGGGUGAUAUGUGAUCCUGAUCUUACAAAACUGGGAUAUGGAUUAAGUAAUCCAGUCCUACCCAGAAUCCAGGUCAAAUGUUGAUUUGGGGCAUUUUAAAAGGUGGAGAUUAGGAUAGUUUUGAUGCUAAAAUCAUGAUCCCACUGGAAGGGUGGAUGUAGAGGCCAUGGUCGUAAAAUUAAUUAAAACUAGACUUUGAUGAAAAAUGAAAUGAUAUUGUAUGCUUAAAAAAAUUA